ACAAGCGAGAGAACAUAAUCAUGCUGAUUGGAUGGAAAUAAAAACUAAUACCAUGGUCAUCAUCGCGCCCAAGAUGAAGCUCUUACAGAUAUCGAUAAUCGAUCAAUUUUACGUCGCGCCUUCAGACUCUAAUUCUGCUCGAACUAUCGAGUUUGCACGAGAGAAGGGGUUGCUUACACCUCGCAAGGAGCUAUCUAUCUUCGCCAUAGAUUAUAUAGAAUAGCAUAUUUUGGUUGUUGUACAUACUAAUUGGAAUCUAACCAGGGGUUACCUGUGCGGG